CACAUCACUGGCACUGGUCAAUCAUAGGGGUAAAUAUGACCCGUAUUUCUAUAACAAGCGGUCGUCCGAGCGGUCGAGACCCGGACUCUGGUACCUAAGCCUGCAUACUCAAAUUUGUAACAUCUCGGGCUGCGAAUUUAACUCGUUCUUUGCCCGAGACACAGCAACGCAGCCGAGAGUCGCGCGACAAGGAAAAUGACAAACCGGGAUAGCAAUACCAAGAAAGCUUGCCACAACUGCAUUAAGAGGCGUAUCGUCUGUGACAAGACUGGAGAUUCUUGCCGCAAAUGUGCCAAAAAGCAUUUGACAUGUCCUGGUUACGGAAUAAGAUACCGGUUCGCUAAAGAGACGACUAGCUCGAGCGUAUCGCCGCUAUCAGCACCGGAGCGGGAGCAGGUCGGGUUGAAACACCAAAAAAAUAUCCGCCAGUGGAUCGAGUAUUCGGGAGAAUCGGCGGCGGCUGGAUCUAGGCCUUCAAAAACGUCACCGGUAGUAGGAAAUUCAGUAUCCAAUUACUCACAUCCCUCAGCGACAACAAUACCGAGGUCAUUAUUAGAAUUAGACCCCAGAACUCGGUUAUAUUUCUUGCACUUCGCUGUACAUAUAUCCCAUUUCAUGGUAGUCUUUGACGACGAGGAGAAUGGAUACCGACACCAUGUAUUGCCCAUGGCGCAUAGCAACCCCCUCGUCCAAAGAGCCGUGUGCGUCGUGUCCGCCUUCCAACUGUCCGCAAAGCACCCGCGACUUCGUCCUCCCGCGGAGGUCGUCAGGGCCGAGCUGAUCCGGGGCCUCUCCCGAGCUGCGGCGGUAAACCCCGAUCUUAGCGAAGCCGCAUGGGCAACCCUUCUCCUGCUCACCGUAGCCGACCUCAUCACCGGCCACGAGGACGUCUCGUCGCUAAUAACGAUCCUCAACACCUUCAUCGACGCACGCGGCCCUCCCAAGGAAUCCGCCGGUGCCCUGGAAAAAUUCUUGUAUUUCCAGUCUUCCGUCCUAGGCUUCUUCACGCGCCCGUUCUCCCCACCGGGUCCGCGCCCACUGCCCCCGCGGCGCCUCCUCAACCACCCAGUCGCGACGUUCGAGGCGUACACGCAGAGCCUGCACAACUGCGCGAAGCACGAAGCGCCGCCGGUGUACAAGGGCGGGUCGCCGUUCCCGCUGUACGAGGAGGCGUUCCGGCUCGCGGGGGAGAUCUACACGACGCGCAUGGAGAGCACGCGGCGCGCCGGCGACUGCAUGCGCGCGCACGUCCUACGCAUCCGCGCGGUGUGCGAGCAGAUUGAUCCCGCGGCGCAGGGGACGCAUGUUAUUUCCUGGCCGAUUUUCGUGGCGGCGAUGGAGAGUGGGGAUGAUGGGGAUAGGGAGUACUUUGCGGGUGCGUUAAGGAGGAUUUGGGAGAGGUGUGGGUAUGUGAAUAUUUCGAGGGGGUUUGAGGUGUUGCCUGAGCUGUGGGGGAAGAGGAGGCGGAGGAGCUGGUUUGAGGUUUUGGGGGAUUAUAAGGGGUUUGAUGUUUGUUGAGGGUUGGGAUGGAUGGAUGUGUUAGGGAUUAGGGUGUUGGGUUGGGAGCGGCGUUGGUGAAUCUAAUAUUUUAAGAUUAAUGAGGUUUGAGGAACACGUCUAUGUGUGCAGGUUUCCAUGGAUGGUCUCGUUGAGUGAUGUGAAGUGUAAAUGCGGGUAUCUAGAAGAAAUUGGUUAUCGACGACAUUGUCGAAUACCCCUAAACUCCUGAAUCCGUGAACACAAGUCCGGAAAUAUGGAGACACGGAGUUAAGGGACUUUGCUUAGAGUUACGGUUCAGUCUGGUCAACUAUAAUAUAAUAAGCAGCCAAUCAGGA